GCCGCGGCCGGGCGCGCGAGGACCAGCGGGGAGCCGGAGCGGAGCCCCCAUGGCGCGGCCCCCCGCGCGCCCCCCGCCGCAGCCCCGCUGAGCCCGCGGGCCGCGGCUCGCCAGGAUGCCCGAGGCGGGCGCGCAGGAGGGCGAGCGGCAGCGGCGAGCCCCGGCGGACGCGGAGCCGGCACCGGCCGGGGUCUUGGACAAGCUUUUUGGGAAGCGGCUGCUCCAGGCCGGGCGCUACAUCAUGUCCCACAAAUCCUGGAUGAAGACGGUGCCCACUGAGAACUGCGACGUGCUGAUGACCUUCGCCGACACGACGGACGACCACACGCUGCUCUGGCUCCUGAACCAUAUCCGGCUGGGCAUCCCCGAGCUCAUCAUCCAGAUCCGGCACCACCGGCACACCAAGGUGUACGCCUUCUUCGUCACCGCCACCUACGAGAGCUUGCUGCGCGGGGCGGACGAGAUCGGGCUGCGGAAGCCGGUGAAGGCCGAGUUCGGGGGGGGCACACGCAGCUUCUCCUGCGAGGAGGAUUAUAUCUACGAGAACAUCGAGAACGAGCUCUUCUUCUUUAGCUCCCAGGAACGGCAGAACAUCAUCAGGUACUGGCUGGAGAACCUGCGAGCCAAGCAUGGGGAAUCGCUACACAACAUCCAGUUCCUGGAGGGGCAGCCUGUCAUCCCCGAGCUGGUGGCCCGCGGCGUCAUCCAGCAGGUGUUCCCUGUCCACGAGCAGAGAAUCCUCAACCGGCUCAUGAAGUCCUGGGUGCAGGCGAUCUGCGAGGCCCAGCCCUUGGACGAGAUCUGCGAUUACUUCGGGGUGAAGAUCGCCAUGUACUUCGCCUGGCUCGGCUUCUACACCUCAGCCAUGGUGUAUCCCGCCGUCUUCGGCUCCAUCCUCUACACCUUCACUGAGAAUGACCAGACCAGCCGUGAUAUCUGCUGUGUGAUCUUUGCCAUCUUCAAUGUCAUCUGGGCCACGCUCUUCCUGGAGGAGUGGAAGCAGCGGGGGGCCGAGUUCGCCUACAAGUGGGGGACCCUGGACACGCCUGCUGAGUCCAUUGAGGAGCCCCGCCCACAGUUCAGGGGCAUCAAAAGGAUCAGCCCGGUGACCAACGUGGAGGAGUUCUACUACCCGCCGUGGAAACGGCUGCUCUUCCAGUGCCUGGUCAGCCUGCCCGUCUGCCUCAUCUGCCUCUCCUUCGUCUUCCUCGUCAUGCUGGGGUGCUUUGAGCUGCAGGAGUUUGUGCUAAGCAUCAAGGAGCUGCCCCGGCUCAUCCGCUUCCUGCCCAAGAUCGUCUUGGCCCUCAUCGUCACAGCCUGUGACGACGUCUACCGGAAGAUCGCGUACUGGCUGAAUGACAUGGAAAACUACCGGCUGCAGAGUGCCUACGAGAAACACCUCAUCAUUAAAAUGGUUCUGUUUCAGUUUGUAAAUUCAUACCUAAGUCUUUUCUACAUUGGUUUCUACCUCAAGGACAUGGAGCGGCUGAAGGAGAUGCUGGCCACGCUGCUCAUCACCCGCCAGUUCCUCCAGAACAUCAAGGAGGUCUCCCAGCCCCACCUCUACCGCAAGAUCCAGCGGGGCGACCUGAGCCUGCAGAACAUCCGCGACGUCUCCCACACCAUCUUCCGCCUGCUUGCCCAGAGAUACACGGCGCCCAGGCUGGGCCCUGAGCCCCGGCCUGCAGAGCAGGCGGCCAGGCUGGGCCCCGAGCCCGAGGGGGCAGGCGAGGGGCCCCAGGGGGAGAAGUGCCUCAACGGGGGCUGCGGCGUCCCCGAGGAGGAGGAGAAGCGGGAGUCGGACUCGGAGGACGAGAGCGUCCUGGACUGUGGGCUCAAGCUGAAGAAGGUGAGCUUCAUCGAGCGGGCCGAGCGCCGGGGCCGGGAGCUGGGUGCCAUGGAGGACGCCAGCUUCCUGGAGGAGGGCAGCCCCACCAUGGUGGAGAAGGGCAUGGACCCUGCUUCCAUCUUUGAGCUGGCCGAGGAUGAGGAGGAGACCGAGGGGCCCUCCGGCAGCCCCCUCCCGGAAGCCAAGGAGCUGGCAGUGACCCUGCGGGCUCGGCGGGGCCGGGCGGCUGAGAGCCAGGAGGAAGAGGAGGAGGAGGAGGGCAGAAAGCGGAACCGGGCCUCCUGGAUUGACCCACCGGAGGAGAACUACUCCCCCCAUCUCACCCAGGCCGAGGUGGAGAGCUGCAUGAAGAAGUACGAGGACACGUUCCACGAUUACCAGGAGAUGUUCAUCCAGUUCGGCUACGUGGUUCUCUUCUCCUCCGCCUUCCCUCUGGCUGCCCUGUGCGCCCUCAUCAACAACAUCAUCGAGAUCCGCAGCGAUGCCUUCAAGCUGUGCACCGGCCUGCAGCGCCCCUUCGGCCAGAGGGUGGAGAGCAUCGGGCAAUGGCAGAAAGUGAUGGAGGCCAUGGGCGUCCUGGCCAUCGUGGUGAACUGCUACCUGAUUGGUCAGUGCGGCCAGCUGCAGCGGCUCUUCCCAUGGCUCAGCCCAGAGGGAGCCAUCAUCUCCGUGGUGGUGCUGGAGCACUUUGCCCUGCUCCUGAAGUACCUCAUCCAGGUGGCCAUCCCUGACAUCCCGGCCUGGGUGGCGGAGGAGAUGGCGAAGCUGGAGUAUCAGCGCAGGGAGGCCUUCAAGAAACACGAGCGGCAGGCGCAGAACCACUACCAGCAGCAGCUGCGGCGCAAGCGGGAGGAGGAGGAGCGGCAGCGGCAAGCCGAGUACCAGGCCCGCAAGGAGCGCGAGACCAGCCGGGACGAGGGGAAGCCCGAGGCUGCCGGGCAGGACCCCGGCCACGAGAAGAGCCAGGCCAAAACCAAAGGGGCCGGCGGCUCGUCCCAUGGCUCCGAGAAGCCCAAGAGGCCCAGCUCCCUGCUGGCCACCAACAAUGUCAUGAAACUGAAGCAGAUCAUCCCGCUGCAGAGCAAGUUCCUGUCGGGGGGCGGCGCCGGGGCAGCCAGCGCCGCCACGGCCCAGUCCCCGACGGGCAGCGAAAACAAACUGCCCGGCUUCCUGAGCUUCAAGUUCCUGAAGUCGCCGGAGACCAAGAGGGACGGGGGCACCGAGAAAGUCCAGUCACCCACCAAACCGUUCAACCCGGGCAAACUGUUCAACUUCGGCAAGUCCGAGGGAGCCGGGGCCAGUGGCAACGGUGCUGCCGCCCCCCCGCCGCAGCGGCCCGGCCCGUCCUCGGAGGGUGGCGAGAAGCAGCUGCCCGGCAAAGCCCACCUCAACGGGCUGGUGGACGAGGGUGGCGUGGAGGAGGGUGAGCUCAGAGCCGAGGAGGAGAGCACAGGCCAUAAACUCUAACCGGGGGGGAUGGGGGACAGCGGGCAAAGGAGUUACGGAUCCCGGGUCUGUUCUUCAAGCAGAAUUAGGACGUGCCCAGCCUGGCGUGGGGCUCUUAGGACACCUGCACCCCCCCGCGCCAUCAGGAGAGUGGAGAUGGGUGCGUGACGUGAGCGGUGGCCGUCCCAUCCCCCGCGGCACGGGAAAGCAGAGUUCAGGGGCUGGGGGCUGGGGGGCCUUGAGACAGGCAGCUUCUGCUCCCAGCUUUGGUGACGAGAUCGGUGGCCUCAACUCAGUGCCAAGAGGCAGUUCAGCAUCCUCAGGAGAGGGGCGGGAAUGGAAUUGGGGAGCAAAGGUGCGGGCAGCAAGGCAGGGUCGAGGGGUGCCGGCAAAGCUCAGGACUGGAAAACUAGUGGGGGGGCGGGAGGGGCCUGCCCGUCGGGGGGUGGCACUGCGUUGCAGAGGGGGCCCGUGACACAAAAGUCCGAGGACUUGACAGAGCAGCGCCCGUUGAAGAUCGAGGGGCAUUGGUGGAGCUGGGGGAUUGGGGCUGGACUAGCAGGGGGCUGUGAGUUGGGAGUGAGGGGCAUUGGUAGAGCUGUGUGUGUGCAGGGGGAGGUCAGGGCUAGAAUAGCUGCAGGACCACAGGUGGAUUUCUCCCUGUCUCCUAGCUGAGCCAGGACCCGCUGGGGCCCUGUGCUCUGGGCCCGAAGGGCUUGGGGGGACAAGGGGGAUGUAUGGGUGCUGUACGUGCACGUUCCCCGAGCGCUCCCUGUGGUAAAUCUACCCUAAUGCAGCACCCGGAGCCAGGCACAGAAGCUGGCCGUGCAACCAGGGGCAGCCUGAGCUUAAAGCUGGAGGGGUGGGUCGGGCAGAUGGGGCUGGGGAAGCAGAGGUAGGAGCAGCCCGCAGUGGCCUUGCGCUCAGGAGCUCAGCUGGGGUGUGCUCAGAAGUCCUUUCCCCUGCGUCCCAGAGAGAGUAAGAGCCCUGGGGCCCUGCAGGCUCUCAGCAGGGACUCUCCAAAGCUCCCUUGGCUCCUGCUGAGCCCCUGGCGUCUGCUGCAGGGAAGCUGUGCCCCUGCGCAGGGCGAAGGUUAUCCCCUUUCCUGCCAGCUCCGUCCCCCUGACUGCAGGCGCUCGGCCUUGGCCUGCUGUUGUUACUGCAAACACACACCAGAAGGGGGCGCUCCCUGCCUGCAUCCUCACAGGGCUCAGCAUUUGCUGCCACAGCUGUCCCAGCCCCUGAAUCUGGCCCCCUGGGCCCAGGUCUUCCUCAAUCCCUGCUACCCUGGCGCCAAUUUCGCCACGACGGCCUGCUUGUGCGAAGGGUGAGCAAAGUGCCCCGUGCCCCAGGCAACAGCUGGCGAUGGGCUGGAUGAGCUAAUGGGUCUUUCGUGUUCCUAAAGUCCAGGGUGGCAUGAACGGGGUUGGCGCCACACCCGCCUGGCUCGAGUGGCAGCCAUCCAUCAGCCGGGGGAUGGGGAAUUUAGCUCGUGGGCCACCCUUGUCAAAGUCUCUAGUCCCUUUGGCCCAGCUGGGGAUGGACAGCAAGGGAGCUCAGUGCUGCAAGAUCAGGCCGGAGCCACCAAUCCCCCUGGGGCUGGCAAGGUGUCACAAGCAUCCCAGCUGGGGGAGCACGGCAGGAGGAACGGAGUGGGCGAGCCCAGGUACGGCUGGAAUGAGGGGGUUGGGGGCACAGGCCCACAGGGGCAACGUGGAGGCAGAGAUCAGGAGGAAGGAGAGGUGGGUCACCACUGAAUCAUUCACCCCUGCCUUCUCACCAGGCAGAAGCUGGCGGAAUCCCAUAUGCACUAGAUGCAGAAGGGAAACUCGCCGCUAUUCCAUCUCACCGUUUCCAGAGCUCUCCUCCCAGCUCUCUAGCCUCGAAAUGAUUUGAUUUUUCCAGUGCAGGGACAUCUUUCUGCUUGAAGAACAGACCGAGGGGUGGGGCAGCGAAUUUGAGCCACAUAAUUUCCAUGCAUGGUCGACAUU